GUAUUCAUCAUGAUAUCGUGUUUGCCAGCGUUUCUUGGCUGAUGCCUUUGAAACACAUACGGCGGUCUUAGCAUCAGAAUGUGCUCUAGUCUUGAUUCAUCAUACUUACUGCGCAUGGUUCAGCUUGCAAUGCAGCUCACUGCAAUGAAUUAGAAGGGGAAAGCUGAGGCUCUUUCUUAUACCCGGUUCUACACAUGGUCUAUGCGUGAUAGUGGAGAACAAUAUAAAGCAGUUCGUGUCAGAUCGUAACACUCCAACGGUAUUUCCAGACCGUUUGAAACAACUCCAGGCUCUUAACCUCCUUGGGGUUUCCCGAUGCGUUCGGUGUUAUUUCAGGGAUGAUCGAGGGCACUGCAAUGGGAGGCAAGGCAGCUCUCGAACCCCACAGACCCUUCGGGCCGUCGAUUUUCUAACAAACGCCUGCGGCGGGUAACUCAGGUCACCUCUAUUAGUGGCGUUCAUUCAGGAAGUUCCAAAGGCAGCCACUCAGUGGCUUUUAGCAGGUCCACGAGGCGGCGCAGGAAGGUAUAUAAGGACCCUUCUUUUUCUUCUUUUUGUUCCUUGUCGUCCCUCAUCAUCUCUUACUACCACUACUACUGACGAAUCUUCCUCACGACCACCCACACUUUUUCAGUCACGAUGAUCUCCAAAACCUCUGUCUUCGCCCUUUUCUUCUUCUUGUCCACUUUCUUCUCCUUUGCUCUUGCCCUGCCUACCCGCGUUUCUGCUAAGCGAGACGUGUAUGUGCCACCCGUUAUCAGCCCAAAUAAUGCCACCGUUUGGACGGUUGGACAGACUUACAACGUCACCUGGAACACCACAAACCCCCCAGCGCAGAUAAGUAACCCUCGGGGGAACAUCUAUCUCCGUCAAGGAAACGACACCCUCCUUAACCCGACCUUGGCAUCUAACUUUUCUAUGCUGGCCGGUUCUCAAGAGGUGACGGUGCCUGAUGUUACUCCAGGCAGUGAUUACCGUAUCGUUCUGUUCGGUGACUCUGGUGACUGGAGUGGGGUGUUUGCUAUCGCUGCUGCCUCUAGCUCCGAUUGAGGCAAUAAGCACAACGACAUUUGUGGACUAUGGCUUCCUCGUUGAUUAGUAACAAAGAGAAAAGAUACAAAAGGGAAGGACAUUCUUCAUCAUGACACGAACAAUUGCACUCGGACUUUACUUUUGCACUGGACAUUGGACUUUUUGCGCAUGGACGCUCUGGACUUUUUGUGUUGUACAGUUACUGACGUACUUUGAACACAUUACACAUCACCCCCUUAACCCUUUCUUCCUCCGCUUUCCUUUUGAUCUACCUUAUCCGACUCCUACCCCACACCUUGCUGUUUGAUUUGGUUGUAGCUUGUGCAUGUAACAGAUAGCUUUCAGCUUAGUCGAAUACAUGUUCAAGUCGAUGCUUUUAUGAUACCCCGUUUGCG